AUGAUACUUCUUCUCAUAACCAUCAUUUCAAUAUGUAGAAGUCUUCCACUAACAAGAACACUUAAUGUUUUAUUUGAUGGAACAUGGACAGUGAGUGAUCCGUUGAAAUCAACGUAUUAUUAUUUAACAAUACAUGAAGUAGCAAAUGAAGACUUUUAUAUUGGAAAGUUUAAUAAACCACCACCUUGUUUUUCGCAAUUUUAUAAAAUUAAUUUCAACAACCUAUUUGUUAAUAUAACUACAAUAUCCAAUCAGUUUAUCACUGCUAUUAGAUUUGUAAAUUUUAAGAACACUUUAGUUGGUAAAUCUAUUAUGAUUGUUUGUGGUAAUGUAACUGAAUACACUUUUACUGUACUUCGUUCAAAUUCUCCAACAUUUACUGUUUCUCAUCGUAGUACUGUAAAUAUUACUAGAGGUUUUGUUGUUGGAACAAAACAUAAUAUUCCAAUACCUAAACAUUCUUUCCUCCAACAACACUUCCUCAGUAUUUUGGUCACGUGUUUCUUUAGUUUGUUUUUAUUUUAUUAA